AUGGCUAAUCUGCUUCUAAUGAGCACUCUAAUCACAAUUUUUAUUUGCUUAUCUUUGAGUUUCACCAAAUCGUCAGAGGUUUUUCUACCCAAAUCCCUAAACCUCACCCUCCUCACCGAUCCUUCCACCAUCUCCGCCGCCUCUCACGAUUACGGAAACAUCACCACCGUGACUCCAGGCGGGGUUCUCUGUCCCUCUUCCACCGCUGAGAUAUCCCGUCUCCUCCGCUAUGCAGCUAACGCCAACGGAGACAGGAUGUUCCAAGUGGCGGCUCGUGGCCAAGGCCACUCCUUAAACGGGCAAGCCUCCGUCUCCGGCGGAGUAGUCAUCAACAUGACGUGUCUCUCUGGGGUGGUGGUUUCGGAAGACAAGAAGUAUGCUGACGUGGCGGGAGGGACUCUAUGGGUAGAUGUGCAGAAGAAGACGGUGGAGAAAGGGGUUUCGCCGGUUUCUUGGACGGAUUAUUUGCAUGUCAGCGUCGGAGGAACGCUGUCAAACACUGGACUCGGCGGCCAAGUGUUUAGAAACGGCCCUCAAAUUUGUAACGUCCUUGAGUUGGAUGUUAUAACUGGAAACGGUGAAAUGUUAACAUGCUCGCCACAGCUAAAUCCAGAACUGUUUUAUGGAGUAUUAGGAGGUUUGGGUCAAUUUGGAAUAAUAACGAGAGCCAGAAUUGUUUUGAACCAUGCACCUAAAAGGGUGAAAUGGUUUCAGAUGCUGUACAGUGACUUCACAGCUUUUACAAAAGACCAAGAACGUUUGAUAUCAAUGGACAAUGAUAUUGGAGUUGACUAUUUAGAAGGUCAACUGAUGAUGUCAAACGGCGUCGUAGACACCUCAUUUUUCCCACCGUCCGAUCAACCUAAAGUCGCCGAUUUAGUGAAGAAACAUGGUAUCAUCUAUCUCAUCGAAGUCGCCAAAUAUUACGAUGAUCCUAACCUUCCCAUCAUUAGCCAGGUGAUUGACAAGUUAAAUAAUUCUUUUAGUUACCUGCCCGGGUUCAUAACAAUGCAAGACGUGCCCUACUUUGAUUUCUUGGACCGCGUAAAAACCGAAGAAGAGAGACUUAGAGCAUUGGGUUUAUGGGAAGUUCCUCAUCCAUGGCUUAACCUCUACAUCCCUAAAUCUCGGAUUCUUGAUUUCCAUGAAGGUGCUAUCAAAGACAUUCUUCUUAAGCAGAAUUCGACUUCUGGACUUACCCUCAUCUAUCCAACAAACCAAAAUAAAUGGAACAAUCGUAUGUCGGCGAUGGUACCAAAUGAAGAUGUUAUUUAUGUAUUCGGACUACUACCAACAGCUAACCAACAUAAUUUGCCAGAAGUCGAACGCGUUAACGAGAAGAUAGUUAGAUUUUGCAAGAAGUCGGGUAUUAAGAUUAAGCAGUAUCUAAUGCAUUACACCAGAAAAGAAGAUUGGAUUGAGCAUUUUGGAUCGAAAUGGAGUGAUUUUUCCAAGAGGAAAGAUCUGUUCGAUCCCAAGAAACUGUUAUCUCCAGGGCAAGAUAUCUUUUGA